AGAACAAAGAAAAAGAAGCUCUCCACGCCUCAAAAAGAGAAAGAGACAGAAGAAGAAAAAGAAUCAAACUUUAAUCUUUAGCAACAAUGGCGAUGGCUUUCAAGAUGGCGACGACGGGGAUGCGUGUGACGGAUGAGUGUACAAGCUCAUACAUGGAGAUGAAAUGGAAGAAAAUUCAUAGAUACAUCAUUUUCAAGAUCGAAGAGAAGUCACGUAAAGUCACGGUCGAUAAAGUCGGCGGCGCCGGUGAAAGCUACCACGAUCUCGCCGCUUCUUUACCGAUGGAUGAUUGUCGUUACGCCGUCUUUGAUUUCGACUUCGUCACCGUUGAUAACUGUCGCAAGAGCAAGAUCUUCUUCAUUGCAUGGUCACCGGAGGCGUCAAGGAUAAGGGCAAAGAUAUUGUACGCAACGUCGAAAGAUGGACUGAGGAGAGUGUUGGAAGGGAUUCACUAUGAGCUUCAAGCCACUGAUCCGACGGAGAUGGGUUUCGAUAUUAUCCAAGACCGUGCCAAAUAAAUUUAUUAAUCAAGAGAAUAUGAUUUGACUCACUUUGUCAAUAAUUAACGUUAAUAGGUAUCGAUUAAUGUUUAAUUAUUGCUGGUUAGUGCUUACUUUUUUGAGUUUAUCAUUCAGUCUCACCAGCACUAUCCUUUAAUUAUGACGUUUGUGUGUUUGAUUGUGUUGUUUAUAUCUUUUUGUCGGUUAAGCAAACAUAAAAGUUACAAAUUUGU